AUGAGUGAAUCAAAAUCAAAUGAAAAUGCUGCUGCAUUAUUAAAUAUUUGUCACCCACGGCAAUGUAUGGCACAAAACUACCUUCUCGUAUGGGUAGAUGCCAACAUCGAUGAAACAAAGAAGGACUGCCAAGAUACACUGGCUCAAUUGAAGAAUGUGAUCAACAACGUCAAACUAUGCACGCAACCGGAUCAAUGCAUACAAGUGCUCAACCAAUUUGAUCGUGAAAAAGCCUUUGUUAUAACAUCAGGCUCAUUUGGCCAACAUUUGGUUCCUGAAAUCCAUGGCAUACCCAAAUUAGAUGCCAUUUACAUCUUCUGUAGCGACAAAUCCAGACAUCAAGGAUGGACACAAAACUGGACAAAAAUCAAAGGUGUCAGUACAAACGUCAUAGAAAUUUGUCAAGCAUUGCAAUUUGCUGUUAAGCAACGCGAUCAGAACUCAAUUGCUAUAAGCUUUCCCCGAGUAAAUGAGAUGGCUUCAACUGAAAAUUUAAAUCAGUUGGAGCCAACUUUUAUGUACACCCAAAUUUUAAAGGAUAAUCUUGUUGAUAUGCAGCAUGGCGAACAGGCCGUCAAACAAUUUACUACUUAUUGUCGAAAUAAUGAUUGCAUGUCGUCAACCAAUAUUAAUCGUUUUGAAAAAGAAUACCGUGUUGAAUUAGCUAUUUGGUGGUAUACUUUCCCAUCCAAUAUAUAUUCUAUGCUCAAUUAUGCUCUUCACUGUAUGGAUGUCGAUAUAAUUAUUAAUAUGGAUUUUUUCAUUCAUGAUCUUCAUCAACAAAUCCAAAAACUACACCAACAACAGGUUCAUACUUAUUAUGGCAAACCAUUCAUAGUUUACCGAGGACAAGGUUUAUCCAAAGCAAAUUUUGAAAAACUCAAAAAAUCAGAAGCUGGUUUAAUAUCUUUCAAUAAUUUUUUAUCUACUAGCAUCGAGCAAGACAAAGCUCUCGGACUUGCUUAUAGUGCGUCAGAAAACGUGGAUUUGAUUGGAAUUUUAUUUAUAAUGUCUAUUGAUCCUUGUAUUAAAUCAGCACCGUUUGCCUCUAUCAAAGAGAAGGGUUAUUUUGAGGAAGAAGAUGAAAUUCUCUUCUCAAUGCACACCGUCUUCCGGGUGGGUGAAAUUAAAGAAAUCGACAAUGAAAAUCAACUUUAUCAAGUUGAAUUACAAUUAACUUCGGAUGAUGAUCCACAACUACGAUUACUUACUGAUCGGAUACGAGAAGAAGCUAUUGGUAAAACUGGAUGGGUAAGAUUGGCUAAUUUAUUGAUUAAAAUUGGUCAACCUAAUAAAGCCGAAGAACUUUAUAAUGCAUUAUUCGAACAGACAUCUAAUGAGGGUCAAAAAGCGGCUUAUUGCAAUCAGUUGGGGUAUCUCAAAGAUGAUCAGGGUGAUUAUGAAAAAGCUAUUUUGUACUACGAAAAAGAACUUGAAUUUCAACAAAAAAAUCUUCCUCCAAAUCAUUCUUUGUUGGCCACUUCAUACAACAACAUCGCUAGUAUGUAUCACAAGAUGGGAAACUAUUCGAAAGCACUUUCAUUUUUUAAAAACGACCUUGAAAUUCAACAAAAAACUCUUCCAUUAAACAAUCCUCGUUUAGCUACUUCAUACAACAACAUCGGUAGUAUGUAUUACGAGAUGGGAGAGUAUUCGGCAGCGCUCUCAUUUUACGAAAGAGCACUUGAAAUGCAACAAAAAACUCUUCCUUCAAAUCAUCCUGAUUUAGCGACUUCAUACAACAACAUCGGUAUGGUGUAUCACAAGAUAGAAGAGUACUCAAAAGCACUUUCAUUUCAUGAAAAAGCACUUGAAAUUAAACAAAAAUCUCUUCCUUCAAGUCAUCCUGAUUUUGCGACUUCAUACAACAACAUUGGUUUGGUAUAUAACAAGAUGGGAGAGUACUCGAAAGCGCUCUCGUUUCACGAAAAAGCACUUGAAAUUUAUCAAAGAACUCUUCCUUCAAAUCAUUCUGAUUUGGCUAAUUCAUACGCUAACAUCGGUAGUGUGUAUAACAGCACAGGAGAGUUUCCUAAAGCACUUACGUUUUUUGGAAAAGAGCUCGAAAUUCGACAAAAAUCUCUUUCUCUAAAUCAUUCUGAUUUAGCGACUUCAUACAACAACAUUGGUUUGGUGUAUCACAAGAUGGACGAGUACUCAAAAGCACUUCCAUUUCACGAAAAAGCACUUGAAAUUUGUCAAAAAAAUCUUCCUUUAAGUCAUCCUGAUUUAGUGACUUCAUACGACAACAUCGGUAUAGUGCAUCACAGGAUGGGAGAGUAUUCUAAAGCACUUUCAUUUUACGAAAAAGCACUUGAAAUUCGACAGAAAACUCUCCGUUUAAACCAUUCUGAUUUUACGAUUUCAUACAACAACAUCGGUAGUGUGUAUGAGAGCACGGGAGAGUACUCGAAAGCACUUUCAUCUCACGAAAAAGCACUUGAAAUUUGUCAAAAAACUGUUCCUUCGAAUCAUCUUCAUUUGGCACAGUCAUACAACAACAUC